CAACUGCUGCCGAGACCAUGUCUAGCAACGGGACAGAUGUGCCUGCUGAAGCCCAGGCUGCCGAGGAGGAAGCUGUGGUGCAGUAUCAUUGAGCUCAGGAUGAAUUCCAAUUCAUUGUGUAGUCCAGGCGUCAAGGUCAUCAUACAACCUUGAGGUCCUAGCCUGUGCUGAACAACAUCAUGCGCCAUUUCCCUUGGUUUCAAGGAUUGGGAAUGAAAACAAGGGCCUGUUAUGUGGUUGGCCAAUGCUUUAACAAAAAUGCAGUUCUUCAGACAAGCUCGGUAUAGCUGCAAAGGUAGGUGGAUCUCUGUGAGUUCCAGGCCAGUGUGGUCUACACAGUGAGACCCAGUCCUAAAAUUACAGGAAGAAACAACAACAACAACAACAAAAUGGGAUUCCUCAGUCACCGCACUUCCUGACAUGUCACUAGGUGGUCAGUCCCAUGCUGGGACAUUCAGGUUCCUGCUUUGUGCAAUUGUUCAUCCUAGGAGUGGUAGAGCCCAGCAGAUUUGUUCCCCCAAAAUGAGAGCAUGCUAGUAGGUAUCCCGAGCUUCUCACCAAGUUCCCUGCCCUCUGUAGCCCAGUGUGGUGGACCGGGUUGCCAACCUGCCUCUCAUCAGCUCCACGUGUGGGAUGGUGAGCGCUGCCUACACCUCCACCAAGGAGAUCUACCCCCAUGUCAGGACUGUGUGCGAUGCAGCCGAGAAAGGCGUCAAGACCCUCACCACGGCUGCAGUCAGCAGCGCACAGCCCAUCCUAUCCAAGCUGGAGCCCCAGAUUGUGACGGCCAGCGAGUAUGCACACCGAGGGCUGGACAGACUGCAGGAAAGCCUGCCCAUCCUCCAGCAGCCGACCGAGAAGGUUUUGGCGGAUACUAAGGAACUGCUGUCAUCUACAGUGUCUGGGGCUCGAGAAAUGGUAUCCAGCUCAGUGUCUAGUGCGAAGGACACAGUGGCCACCCAGGUCACAGGAGCGGUGGAUGUGACCUGCGGGGCUGUGCAAACCAGUGUGGACAUGACCAAGUCAGCAGUAACCAGCGGUGUCCAGUCAGUCAUGGGUUCUCGAGUGGGACAGAUGGUGAUUAGCGGAAUGGACAGGGUGCUGGUGAAAUCGGAGGCCUGGGCAGACAAUCGCCUGCCCCUGACAGAUGGGGAGCUAGCUCUGAUUGCCACAUCCCCGGAGGGCUCAGACAUGGCCUCGCUGCAGCAGCAGAGACAGGAGCAGAACUACUUUGUCCGGUUGGGCUCGCUCUCCGAGAGGCUGCGCAAUCAUGCCUAUGAGCACUCACUCGGCAAGCUGCGUAACGCCAGGCAGAGUGCACAGGAGGCCCUGCAGCAGCUCACACAUGUGCUCAGCCUGAUGGAAUCCCUGAAACAGGGCGUGGACCAGAGGCUGGGGGAGGGGCAGGAGAAGCUACACCAGAUGUGGCUCAACUGGAACCAGAAGAAGACCCCACAGGAUGCUGAAAAGGACCCAGCUAAGCCAGAGCAGGUGGAGGCCCGGGCACUCAGCAUGUUCAGGGACAUCGCCCAGCAGCUGCAGAGCACGUGUGGCGCCCUGGGGGCCAGCAUCCAGGGCCUGCCCAGCCACAUCAGGGAGCAGGCCCAGCAGGCCCGCAGCCAGGUGGAUGACCUUCAGGCCACCUUCUCCGGCAUCCACUCCUUCCAGGACCUCACAGCCACCGUUCUUGCCCAAACUCGGGAGCGCAUAGCCAGAGCUCGGGAGGCCCUUGACCACACUGUGGAGUACGUGGCCCAGAACACUCCAGCCAUGUGGCUGGUGGGCCCCUUUGCUCCUGGAAUCACUGAAAAAGCCCCUGAGGAGAAGCAGGGAGAAGGACCAGGGCCAUCCUCUAUCUAGCUUGACCGCUUUUCCCAACAAUCCUAUUGAACAGCAGGUCCUCCCUACUCAGUCUGAGCGAGACAUGUAUUUAGCCUAUUCCCAUCAGUCUUUUAAAGCAAAAAUAUUUUUUCUAGAAUGUUCCAGGGGGGGAAAAUCAGAACAUUCUAGAAAAAAAUUUUCUUCCUAAAAAGAAAAUGAGGGUAAUAAGUAGUGAUAGUACAAGCCUGUCUUCCUGUGCCAGCACUGUGGUGUAGAGGCAGGAGGAUCACAAGUUCAAAGCCCGACUGCCACAUAGCAAAUUCAGUGAUAGUCUAAGCUACAUGAGACCUUGUCUUGAAGUAAAUCAGGCACAGUGAUAUUCCACUCCAGUUUCUUUCCUACGUCAUGGCUCACAAUAACAAGCUUUUCCAGCAGACCUUGAUACCUGGUCCAAGAAUCCAGCAACUGUGACAGGGUGGACAGCUGGGAUGUUGAAAUCAUUUCAGAUGAGAAAGUGACCAAGGGCUGAGUGUCCACUGUUUCUCAAAUCCUGGGGCUCAGUAUUGCCUUAAUAAAUUUUACGUGCAUCAGAGGCCAGGCA